CGACCCUGGGCGAUCACGGCAACCGGCGCCUGCGGAAUCCGCGUUCCCGAUUUAGCGGUUCGGCGGGGCGCGCCGCGCACGGCACGUCCGCGCCGCCCGCAAUCGUCGUUCGAACGGCGUACGGGUGCGGGUCGGGUUUAAAAUUUCAAAAAUCAUCAACAUGCGAUUCAAGCGGGAUUCCGCCGUGAAUUCCGCGCCCGGCGUUACGAACGACGGACUCGACGGCGGGGCGUCUGCAUGCCGCCGUCGUUCACACGAAGUCGACCCGCGGCGACGGCACCGUCGCCGCGGAUCCGACACGGGCUGUUUAUCAAACACCUCCCCGAGUUUGGUUAUGUCGCCCCCCCAGUCUGGUGCUGGCGGUACACGGUCAAUACUCCCUCGAUAAAUAUCGCUAGUUUGAUGCUAAUUUCACCUCUCGGGCUGAAAGGAUUGGUGAAUCUGCAGAGGCAUUGUUGUCUAUAAAAAAUGGUGGAUAUCCAUCCAUUGAUGAAAUCAAGACGGAGAUAAUGGAUGAAGAUAUGAUGGAUAUGGAUGAGCAGCAUAAUUCAAAUCACUCAAUGGAUCAACAAAUGGAUACAGAGGAAUCAGAACCAAUACCAGAGCUGGGACCCGCGGCUUUAGGUCUACAAAGGGUAGGCACUCAGCCACCUUCUAAACCGAAUCCUCCAACACAACCAGUGCAAGUGUUGAAUCGCAGAGGAAUGCCAGCGAGAAUCAGAAAAAAGAACAAGUUGUUUUAUGAUGAUAUCUUGAUCAAUCAUCCACAUCAUAGAAUUAAGAAGGAUCCUGCAGCUGCAGAAGCAAAACAAUCUCCCAAAAAGAUGAUGCGACCGUCCCCAGUGAAGAGGCAGGCCAAAAUAUCGAGUACACCAAAAAGUACAAGCUCGUCUUCGCAACCAGCGACUCCUGUAACGACUCCGGUCAAGCAGGAAAAGGAGCCUGAUAAGAUAGCGCAACUUGCAUCACCGGAUCGUAAAAUAGGACAGAAAAUUGGUAUGAGACUGAGAAACUUGUUAAAACUACCGAAGGCUCAUAAAUGGGUGUGCUACGAGUGGUUCUACAGCAAUAUUGAUAAGAUAUUGUUCGAGGGCGAUAAUGACUUCAUGAUAUGCCUGAAAGAAUCGUUUCCACAAUUAAAAACUCGCAAACUCACGCGCGUAGAAUGGUGUAAGAUCAGGAGGAUGAUGGGAAAACCGCGAAGGUGUUCACAGUCGUUUUUUGAGGAGGAGAGACGCGAGCUGGAAAGGAAGAGACAGAAAAUACGGAUGUUACAGCAGAGGAAGGCGGCGGACAUAAGUAGUUUUAAGGAUCUACCACCUGAAAUACCACUGCAAUUAGUAAUCGGUACGAAAGUGACAGCGAGAUUGAGGAAACCGCAGGAUGGUUUAUUCACUGGAAGCAUCGACGCCGUCGAUACCAGUAAUAAUACCUACAGAAUCACGUUUGAGAGAGCCGGACUUGGCACGCACAGUGUUCCUGACUAUGAAGUUUUGUCAAACGAGUCACCGGAAACGAUCAGCUUGGCAUCAUUCUCACAAAAGUUCAGACCACGGCCAUUGCAAUACGUACCUUCACCACCGUACAUGAUGAAAUUAUCUCCGCGAUUGACCAACGAUCCUCUGAUAUCUAAUGCUUCUGCGUCCAUUCCGAAAAAGACGAAUACUGGUGGUACAGUGAAUGGUUUUCCAUUGAAAUUGCUCGAACUUAUGGUUAAAGUAAACAAGAUAUUAACAACUAAAAAAAAUAAAAUUAAGAAAUUAAAGGAGAUGAAUGGGGAAGCUGAAAAAAGACGUUCCUUAGGUGAAUCGCUUCCUCCCGAUUUCGAAAAAAAAUAUGCAGGAAUUAUUGUUGAGUUGGAGAGAAUGAAUCAAGCUCUUCAAGACUUUUUAAACGAGAUACAAGAAUUGUGUCAGGAAAUGGCGCCCGAGCCCAGCGUGGCGGCGAUGUUAGCACCUUCACAUCUCCGAGAAAAGUGCAAACAAGAAGCGGCAGAUAUGGUCGCUAAACAUAAUGCAAUGAAUGAUAAAGCACCAGGAAAAAUGAAUCAAUUGAUAACUGAUUUGACUGCAUUGAUGUUACAAGUGAAAAGCUUAUCGGAUUCCGAUCGAAAUGCAUACGAGCUCAAGGUAUUGCAAGGUACCAUGGAGCAAAUAAGGUCGAAACUCAGCCCACAAAAUCAACAAGUGUUUCAAAAUUGCGUAGAAAUUCACAUGCAACGCAUUCAAGUAGGCCUAGGACAAAUGGGUCCUCUAACGCCAUUUAUGGCGCAAAGAGUUUGAGGACAACAAAAAUUAAUGGUAUAUAUUCUUACGAAAGUGUACAGUAUAAUACGAUCACGGCAUCACGAUAUUUUUUAGAAAAACAAGAAACUAACUCUGUAUUUUCUCAUCUUGUAUAGGCCAUAUUAAUAAUAUAUUGUCAUGUAAAGUGCAUGUCUACAUAAUAUACAUAUGAUUUAAGCAAUUGUAUUAGUUUUGUAUAUACAGAAAAAAUAUAUUUGUUCUUUAAUAGUA